GUGGAGAAACUUGCAUGUUCAGAGAAAAGAAAAGCUGUGCAAAGGAAACGACACCAUAAAAAGAUGGUUGAAGCAUACAACAGUUUUGAGAGCAUUUUCCAGAACAUUCAACUGGAGCUCCAGAACUGUGCCUCUUGUAAUGAUGCGGUUGAGGAGGUGGUGUUGCUGAUAGGGGCCACCUCACGGAGCCCACGGGAAGUGUAUAGGAUCGUAGUGCCACCCGUUUCUUGCAUGGAGACAGACCAGAAACAAAGUGAAAGCAAGAUUCUUCUAAACUUAGUUCGAUGUCUCGUCCUGUCAGAAGAUUUGGAGGGCAUGUUGGACCAGUCUCUUAUCCCAACCAAUAUGUAUGUGAUGCUAAAGAGGAAGGAAGGCAGGCAAUCAGAAUGAUUUAGCUUUGGCGCUAGAGAGGAUGCAACUGGUGCCAUAACAGUAUCAGCUACACAGACUUGAACUUAAUUCAUUGAACUGCUCAUACAAAACUAAAACCACUUUAAAAAAUUUCAGGACAAGAAUGCAGGUUGUUAGGAGUGGACGAGUAUGUUUCAUGAGAAGGGAGGGGAUUUUAACUGGAAUUAGAAGAACAGCAUUCAAAUUCUUAGAAAAAUCCCCAACACGCAUGUCACACUAAUGAGCAGAAUUUCCUGGGGGUAGUAGUUUACUUGCUUUUACAGAAGAGACAUUUCCUUGUGGAUUUUUCCAUCAUUGCAGAAAAAGGCUUUUGGAAGGGCACAGGAGGCAGUUAGUAAGCUAUUUAACCAAAUCACACACUAAAAAUGCUGGAGCAAGUAAAGAAAAAUAUCACCAGAUAUGUAGUUUUAUGUAACAUCCCAAGAAAUAUGUAGGAAAUGCUGUAGCAGUGCUAUUGUUUGUAAUUACAUUACUU